AUGACGCGCUUCUUCUGCUGCGGCAGCUACUUCCCCGGCUACCCGUGCUAUGGGACCAACUUCCACGGGACCUUCAGAGCCACGCCCCUCAACUGCGUCGUGCCCCUGGGCUCCCCCCUGCACUGCAACUACGGCUACGGCUCCCUCGGCUAUAGCUUCGGCGGCAGCAACCUCAGCAACCUGUGCUGCGGGUACGGCGGCAGCUGCUGCCGGCCCUGGGGCUCGGGCUCCGGCUUCGGCUACAGCACCUACUGA